GAAUUGGCUAUGCCAUGUCACUGCUGGGCCCUGCUGUUGGUUAUGUCUUAGGAGGGCAGCUACUUAAUAUUUAUAUUGAUAUCCAGAUUCCAGAAAGUACAAAGCUGGAUCACGAUGACCCACGUUGGCUUGGGGCAUGGUGGAUAGCAUUUCUUGCAUGCUUUUUUGCAAUUUGGCUUCUGAUAAUACCGUUUUCAUGCUUUCCAAAGCACCUGCCAGGCACAGCAAAAAUACAAGCUGAAAAAAUCUCUGAGACCCACAAUGAUGGAAGUGAAGCACUUGUUAAAAUCAAGAACAUCGGAAAAAGCUUUAAAGACUUUCCUGUGGCUCUCAUGAUACUCUUGAAGAAUCCUGUGCUCAUGAGUCUAAUAAUAGCAAGUACUUCAGAAGCUUUAAUUGCCACAGGUUUUGCCACAUUUCUACCCAAGUUCAUAGAAAACCAGUUUGGACAGACAUCAAGUUUUUCAGCAACUCUAGGAGGACUUGUAUUAAUUCCAGCAGCAGCACUAGGCCAAAUCAUAAGUGGCUUCUUGGUUUCCAAGUGCAAAAUGGAUUGCAAAAGCAUAAUCAAGUUCAUGAUAGGCACUUGUUCAGUGGCACUACUAUUAAACACAGUGUUUUUAUUUGCUAAAUGUGGGAAUGAACCAUUCGCAGGUGUCUCUGAAACAUAUAAUGGGACAGGCAUGUUACAUAACCUGACAGCGCCGUGCAAUGCUGACUGCAAAUGUUUGCGCUCCAUGUAUUACCCGGUCUGUGGCAGAGAUGAGGUUCAGUAUUUUUCUCCCUGUUUUGCAGGAUGUACAGCACACCUUUCCAACAACAACAAGAAGACUUUCUACAACUGUUCCUGUAUUGGGAAACCAGAAAAAGAAAAUAAUUCAGAGGACUUUCUGUAUGAAGCUAUCCCUGGGAAAUGUCCAGUACAAUGCAAACUUUUGCCUUUAUUUCUGACAUUCUUCUUCUUUGCUGUUGUAUUUACCUUUAUGGCUGUUACUCCAACAACUGUGGCCAUUCUCAGGUGUGUGCCAGAUAAGCAGCGCUCAUUUGCCCUUGGAGUCCAGUCAGUGUUUCUGCGCCUGCUGGGCACCAUUCCUGGACCAAUAUUGUUUGGUGUGGCAAUAGACAACAGUUGUUCUCUAUGGGAUAUUAAUGAAUGUAAAACUAAAGGAGCCUGUUGGGUCUAUGAUAAUGAAAGAAUGGCCUAUCUACUGAUGGGUAUAAGUGCUAUUUGUAAAAUCAUCACCAUCAUUUUUGUUAUUGUGGCGGUCUGUUUGUAUAAGCCUCCACCAGCAAGUUCAGCCCUGUCACAGAAGGAUUCAGAAAUGGUAUCUACUGUGUGCACAUAAUCCUGAGCAAAGUGGGACUUUCAAAAAGAAGUCCAUAGGAAUAAGCUCUG